UCUUAGACUUUUCUCUCUUUGUAUAUAUAAAACAGUCUUUCUCCUCUCCAUCUAUCUUGCUCACAAUUUCGCUUCCAAAUCAUCUUCUCUUAUUCCCAUUUUGCACGCAAAACCUUCUCUUCCAAUGUACACUACGUUCGCUCCCUCCCCUCUAACCGCUGUGACCUCCGUAAUCACCGCCGCGGCAACCUCGAACACAGUUCAAAAGCCUAUCCUUUUAUCACCGGUUAAAACAACCGCCGGUCGUUCUUGUCGGGGUUUACAAAUCAAAGCCUCGGUCUCAACGUUUCCUGACUCGACCCGAGUCGACUCAAGGUAUUCAACGCUGAGUCUGUACGAUGUACUCCGGGUGAAUCCAGCUGCGUCGCAAGUGGAGAUCAAGUCAGCGUACAGGAGUCUUGCGAAGAUUUACCAUCCUGAUGCUUUUUUGAGUCAUGAUCGUGAUCAUGAUGACGAGCAAUCGGACGGUGGAGAUUUUAUCGAGAUUCAUAGUGCUUAUGAGACGUUAUCCGAUCCGACUGCUAGAGCGGUUUAUGACCUGUCUUUAUCGGCAGCGGCGAGGUGUUUUUACAGGAGAGCGGCCGGGUAUUCGGGCGGGGAUUAUACGACCCGAAGAUGGGAAACAGAUCAGUGCUGGUAAAGAGAAUGGAAAACUGACCAGGUCACCAGCAAGUAAUUAAUGACAUGCAUGAGAACGCGGAUGCUUGCAAGCUCGGCACCAGUGACGGCAGGUGAGGUCCUUGCACGGUUCACAAUCUCAACGACUUGCUCAACAAUUGGCCGUGCGUAUAAUACAAUCAUUUGGUCAGUUGGCAGUAUUGCAGCUGCCACCGCCGUCAUCCACUCAAGCUUUCGGGGAGUAUCAUUGUUUAUAUCACAGGCCAGCUGCUGUAGCAGAGAGAGUAAUACUCCCUGGCUUAGAGGGAGGGGAGACAGAGACAUGAUACCCUGCAAACCAACCUGGCCAAAAAAACACGAUCAACUCUUCUCAGGUCCAUAUCAAAGUUGAGAUGAAAGCCACAAGCCCAGCAGAUUAGCAAGGGAAACGAGAGCAAGAAAAUCACACAUCUUCCAUUACCACCAUGUACCAAGACUAGAUAGAGUGAGAAAUACCUGACUGCACAGCCAGGAUACAAUAGCCACGUCACUUCUUUGGAGCGCAAUAGUGAAAGCCUCGUCGUAUUUGCAUUCAGAUAUUAAUCUUUUUAGCUCUUUCGUUGGAUCCAACUGUGUUUCAACCUGAGUCAUCAAAGGGAGAAUGCUUAGAAUUACCUCCAUGAUAACAAAUGGUUUUUGACAGUCAUGAGCAGCUGAAAUAGUUAAGAUCACGAAACACAACAGACCUUCUCCUGGAAGCUAGCCAAGGGUCCGUCGCUAGGUUGCGUGGCCGAUGGAUUUGUUGCACCUGAGUUUGCGGCAAUAGCUAACAGCUGUCUUUGACUAUCAGCCAACUCCAUGCUCAAGGUUUUUGUCAAUGACGAUGCUGAGUUGAUUGAA